CGUGUUCUGGGAAACAAGUAAUAAGUAUGAAAUUUUGACUUCUCAUAUCCUCGUGAAGAAUCUACGGCGUUCCAUCCAGAAUUCUUGUUUCAGACGGCUCCAAAAUGAGUGACCUGAAAUUGUGGACGCUCAUAAAAAUUUUGGAUACAGGAGAAUAUGAUGCUGUCCCCAAUGUAUGGAUUACCGAUAAGAAGGAGUGUUACUACCCUGACCCCGAUAAAACGUCAACACAAAUCAUCGAGUCGCUGGCUGCCAAAUGUGUUAAGCCACACACCACAGACCACGAAUGGAUUGUCUACAAAAAAAUCGAGAUCGUACAGUCAGAUUAUACCAAAUUCAGUGUUUGUUGCGGCGACAUGGUCCGCAAAACUAAGGAUAAGAGGCUUGCUGAAGAGAGUGCUGAAGAAAUCGCGUUGAAAAAACGGAGAAUCUCAAAAACUGCAUCAGCAUCUGCAGUGCCUUCAUCACAACUCAAACCACAAACAACCACAAACCAACAACCACAAACAACCACAAACCAACAACCACAAACAACCACAAACCAACAACCACAAACAACCACAAACCAACAACCACAAACGACUCCGCUGAAAACCAUUCACAAAUCCAAGAAGAAAACCUCAAAAAGCCCGCCUCCAGCAUCUAGUAAUUUUAUCUCAGGAAGCGCAAAUAAUUCUUUUGAAGGAAGCGAACGUUGUCCAUGUAAGAAAGACUCGCAUGAAUGUUGCUGCGCUGAGCCAGCUACUUUAGAAAACAUAGCGAAAAAUCAGUGCCUGUUAUCACGUCGCCUGUUCAAAUCCGAAGAAAAAUCUGCCAAAAGGCAUUCAGAAAUAGUAAAGAUAAUUGAUGCCCAGAAGCAAGUAACUAAUACUACAGAAUCAGCGGCCACUCCAGUAAUUGAGCCAAGGCGUAUAAUCAAAAAGGAAGAUGUGGAUGCAUCAUUGUUGAACGACUUCCCCCUCACAAAGAAAAAGCAAAUUCGGGAAUGGAAUGAAAGAUUGAAGUCUCCAGAAACUGCAGAUAAAUUAAUUGCUACCAUAAUCACAGAGAAAGUCACAAAGAAGUCCUUGUACCCUAAUUUUACCGGACGGAAUGUCAUUAGCGUACUGAUUGGGGCGGAAAAGGCCGGCUUUUUCACAUGGGACGGCAAACCAAGAAACAAAAUCAAGAAAUUCCCAUUCAAGAAAUUGCAAUUUUAUCAGAUAAUACUCGAAAUCGUGAAGUACCACCAUCACCCCACCCCAAUUGAUGAAGCAAAUCUUAAAUAUUCCUUGGGCCAAUGGUUCUCGCAAACAGCGAAUAAAAUGGAAAAACUCCUAUCACAGACAUCUGUGACUGUGGAUUCAUCUCAAUCAGAAAUUCCAUCCUCUGAAGAAUCAGACGCAGGAGAAAAUCAGUACGUAACAUUAUCAUCUUUAUUAGUGAACAGUUCUGAUCCUGAGAAUGAAAAUGAUGGAAAUGCUGAAAAUAGUGGAAAUGAUGUUGUUGCCCAGAAUCCUGGUCCUCAUCGUUCUGAGGACAACGAUGCUCUAGUUCAUGAUAACUCGGCUCCAUAA